AUGGCAGGAACCCACUUCGUCGUCUUCCUCGUCACUGGCCUCGUGAUGCUGUUUGUUGUCCAUGUUCUCGUGCUCGUGUGGGCGCUCAAAUGGUGGCGCCUCCAUGCACAAGAAACCUUCUGCAUUGUUGAGCUCUCGGAGGAAGAAGGCAGCGACCUUUCCGCCGAGCAGGUUGGUGAGUUGCCGUGCCACAAGUGCAAGAAGGGGGCGCCCAGCGGCGGCGAAUGCGUGGUGUGCCUGGAGGCGUUCCGCCCGGGCGACCGAUGCAGGGUGCUGCUGGGUUGUGAGCACGGGUUCCACGCGAAGUGGGUGGACUUGUGGCUGCGCAAGAGCCGCCGGUGCCCCAUCAGCCGCGCUGACAUGGUGGCUUGCAAGAACGUUAGCGAGGUGGAGGAGCCUACCGCCGUGGAGAUCGUUACCCAAAGAUAG